GUGGGGAGGAGCUGCCAGCAGUGGAUAAAAACCCCCGGGGUCUGCAGCUCAGCUCCAAGCUCUGAGUGCUCCCACAGCCGCACGCCAACCCCACUGCCACCAUGGUGCAUUGGUCCGCUGAGGAGAAGCAGCUCAUCACCAGCAUCUGGGGCAAAGUCAACGUGGAGGAAUGUGGUGCCGAAGCCCUGGCCAGGCUGCUGAUCGUCUACCCCUGGACCCAGAGGUUCUUCGCGUCCUUUGGGAACCUCUCCAGCCCCACCGCCAUCAUGGGCAACCCCAGGGUCCGUGCUCAUGGUAAGAAAGUGCUGAGCUCCUUUGGGGAAGCCGUGAAGAACCUGGACAACAUCAAGAACACCUACGCCAAGCUGUCGGAGCUGCACUGCGACAAGUUGCACGUGGACCCCGAGAACUUCAGGCUCCUUGGGGACAUCCUGAUUAUCGUCCUGGCUUCCCACUUUGCCAGGGAUUUCACUCCUGCCUGCCAAUUUGCCUGGCAGAAGCUGGUCAACGUUGUGGCUCACGCUCUGGCUCGCAAGUAUCACUGAGCUGCAUCACAGCCAUGGCCAUAGCCCCCAAUAAACACCUGGAAUGCA